CAACAGGCGUUCGUGGUCAUGUCAGCAUCCGAUGAAAACAACAGCUGUAGUCAAAGCAACACAGUCGUUUUCGAAAUGAUAGAUGGGCAGCUUGUCACUUACCAAGAGCUGAACGCAGGAGACAGGCUUACAAAACGUACGCCAGAACGGCGACCUGAAGCUGAGCAUUUAUUCCGCCGCACGAAGCUGGGUUUAUCUUUUCACGCUGCAACUCGCCUCUUCGAAGAGAUUGAUUCCGUGGACCGGCAAUACGACGUAACGACGAGCCUAACGACGCAGGACGGUGUCUCGUGUCCUGUUCUGGAGCGCGGGCGGCCUCGGGUCCGUCCAAGUGGAGGGCUUCGUCGAGCGGGCGGCGGCUGUGGACGUGGCGCGGGUGGAGGACGCGGUGUUGGUGGAGCAACAUGGCCAUGUGUUCCUGGUGGCGGCUGUGACGCAGUCCCAUCACCACCGGGGACACCGCACCACGUCGG